AGUGAUGACUCUACUUUUGGUAAUUUUAGUAACGGUGGUGAUUGUUGCCACGCCUGUUCCGGCAACGGAAUAUCAAGAUUAUAAAAAUUCUUCGUUAAUCAUCACAGAGAGUGGCUUGAUAACUGGUGUUCCUGAAAUAUCAACUAAAGGAAAAUCUUUCUAUGCUUAUUAUUCAAUACCUUUUGCCAAACCACCUGUGGGAAAUCUAAGAUUCAAGGCCCCAGUGGAAGGUGUAUCUUGGAAAGGGAUUAGGGAUGGAACCAUUCCUCCACCUCCGUGCCCUCAGCUGCCGUCUGCUCUUGACCAUUCCUUCAUCAACGGAGAAGAGGACUGUCUGUUCCUUAAUGUAUUCACCAGCAAAAUGAACGACACACCUGUUGCCUUACCCGUUUUGGUAUUUCUUCACGGAGGAGGGUACACCGGUGGUAGAGCCCACAGGCAUCAACCAUACGCCUUUCUCAACGAGGAAGUAGUGCUUGUGACACUGCAGUACCGUUUAGGCAUCUUAGGAUUCUUAUCAACGGAGGAUGAUGUUCUACCUGGAAAUUUGGGACUGAAGGAUCAACUCUUGGCUUUACGCUGGGUAUCCAGAAACAUCAAACAAUUCGGAGGCGAUCCUAACAAAGUCACGAUUUUUGGUCAAAGUGCUGGGGCCAGUUCUGCCCAUCUCCUCAGCCUGUCUCCAAAGUCUGAAGGUUUGUUUGGUAGAGUUAUUCUUCAGUCUGGAAGUGCACUUUCAUCUUGGGCACUGGGCUCAAACUACAAAAAAACAGCUAUUCAGGUAGCCAAGCAUGUCGGAUGUGAGAAUCAUGAAAACUCAUCCUAUGAAAUGAUUGAGUGCCUCCGAGGGGUGAAUAGUGACGAAUUGGUAAACACUCUUCCAAAAAUAAUGAACUCAUUCGGGUUACCAAUUCUGUUGGGACCUCGUGUUGACGGCGACUUACUACCAGAUUGUCCUGAGGAGCUGGUAAAGUUGGAGCAAAACAACAAAAUAGAUUUAAUUUCUGGAUACGCGAGUGAGGAUGGAGCAGAACUCCUUGCGGUCAUACGAGCCACACAUCAAGAUGUGAACUUCACCCAUAACUUCAAUGAGAUUGCGCCGUACACGCUGGAUUAUACCGAAGAAACUAGUAAUUCAAUGCAAUUGACUCAAUGGGUCUAUGAGUACUACAUGGGAGGACGUAAACUAGAACCGACAGCAAACUUUAUUCAGAUGGUGACGGAUCGUAUCUUCGCAGCUCCUCAACUGACAUCUGCAAUUCUGCAUUCAUCGGUCUCAACGAAGGAAAAGAAAGACUUGCAAGCGCGCACAUAUUGUUACUUGUUCAGUUACCGUGGCCAACAUUCAGUUUUAGACAACUAUAAUAUAUCGGUCGAACCUAACUGUGAGUUUGUUUACAUGAUAUCAGCUGAACUAAUUUGGUUUAUGUAUUCCCAAAUAUCUAAUGAUCUUUUCUAUCAUUCAGGGGUGUCUCACUCAGACGAAAUGUUUUAUAUGUUUCCUGGUGCUCCCGACUGGAAGCCACUGACACACCCAGCAGACUUAGCCAUGAGAGAAGUUUUCAUCAAACUUUGGACCAAUUUUGCUGCCACAGGGAAUCCAACGCCUGAUUCAUCACUUGGUUUUACGUGGGAGGCGAUUAGCAAAGAAGAACAAAAGUUCCUGGUCCUUUUGCCUUCACCUAUUAUGAUGGAGAACGACGCAGUGCGAAAGGUAAUGCAAGCUAAGCAAGUAUAGGCAAAGCAGACUUUUAUCAUAUUUAUUUACAAAUAACUUUUUUUUAACUCCUUCCUUGUAUUUAGAUUCCAAUUUCUGUCUCAGACAUUUUUAUUUGUCUAUUCGUCGUCUCUCAGAUACCUGAAUUUCAGUGAGAAAAGGAAAAUGAGGUCUAGUAAGGAAGAGGUGGUGUGGCACAAAUGAAAAAUUAGAUCUAAGAUCAUUAAUGUUGUAGAAAUUAAUGAAGGAAAAGUUGAGGAGGAUGUCAAGACAUUUUAUUAAAGUUAAGCUCGAUAAGAGAAGAAC